AUGACGGAAUUUCGUAUAGAAGAUGAGCUUCUCCCUCAUAUCUACGAUCACUAUGCCAAAGUGAGACCAAAUCAGCUCUACGCGCAAUAUCCGAAGUCACCCACCGGCUACAAUGAGGGUUUCCGCCCGGUCACUUUUCGCGACAUGGCCAAUGCCAUCAAUGGUAUUGCCUGGUGGCUGACCAGUACAUUGGGUCCCGGGAAAGGCGAGCCCUUGGCCUACAUCGGCCCGAACGACCUUCGCUACCCGGCACUGGUCCUGGGAGCCGUUAAAGCUGGCUACUGCAUGUUCUAUCCAUCUCCACGCAACAGUUUGGCAGCUCAAAAGAGUCUACUGCAGAACCUUCGCUGCACAAAAUUUCUCACACCAGUGCCUCGGCCACCCGCUGCCACGGAGAUCCUAGAAACGCUUCCGUUAGAUGUAUAUGAUGUCCCGAGUGUGGAGGACUUACUCGCGGAGAAACACCCCCAUUUCGAAUACUCCAAGUCACACCCCACAGAUAUUAGCGACCCCAUGGUAAUCAUUCAUACCUCUGGCUCUACCGGAAUCCCUAAGCCCAUCAUCUGGAGACUCGGAAUGGCAAAUGCCCAUAUUCGCGCCACCCGUUUAAAAGCACCUGAUGGGCUUGAAUGCCAAUUUCGUUGGCCGGCAGGUAAACAGCAAUUCGUCCCAUUCCCACCGUUCCAUGCUGGAGGAAUUGGAAUUGCGCUUUUCAUUGCACCUGCUGUCGAUGUGACAUUUAUUACUCCCCCGGCAAUUGGACUCCCCACCGCCGCCGGACUAGUUGAGGCGAGGAAACGACUGCCAAUGGAAACGGCGAUGCUGAUGCCAUCCAUGCUACAAGAGCUGGCACAAAACCCCGAGCUGCUGGACUACUGCAGCCAGCAUUUUGAAUUCUUCGCCUACAUGGGAGGCGCUUUGCCCCAGGUCGUUGGUGAUACAGUAGCUGCCAAAAUCAAAUUGGUCAAUCAGUUUGGGGCAUCGGAAAUCCUAUUAUUGAGCCAUGUCUACAGCCCUGAGAAUAGGGACCCACUGAAAGACUGGGCCUACGUUCAAAUGCAUCCAGACCUGGGAGCUGAAUUUCGCGAAGUGGCUGAUGGCCAAUAUGAGCUGGUCCUAGUCCGCAAGCCAGAGCUCGAGGCCCAUCAAUCGCAGUUCACGGUAUUCCCUGAAAUGCAAGAAUACCCAACGCGCGACCUCUUUGUCAGACAUCCAGACCCAGCAAAAUCUCAAUUGUGGGCGUGGAGUUCCCGCGCCGACGAUAUCAUCGUUUUCUUAAAUGGCGAGAAAACCAAUCCCGUUUCAAUGGAGCAGCAUAUCACUUCGGUCAAUCCCGGCGUUACUGGUGUAUUGGUUGCGGGAGCCCAGCGCUUCCAAGCAUCACUGAUUGUUGAAUAUGGCAAAGAGUCCUUGGAUCCAAGCGAGCGAGCUGCGGUGAUCGAGAAGAUAUGGCCCAGCAUCGAAGAAGCAAAUCGAGUCUGCCCGGCUCACGCACGCAUCGCAAGAACUCACAUCCUCCUAACAACUCCUGAAAAGCCAAUGCUACGUGCUGGAAAAGGAACAAUUCAGCGUGCGGGCACAGUGGCAAUAUAUGCCCAAGAAUUGGAGGCUUUAUAUGCAGAUGCGGAUCGUCUGGCUGUACAAGCAGAAGGAGAAUCAGAUGGUCCUGGUCGAGUGGAGGACGCCACGAAAGUAUCGGAUUUCAUUAAAAGAUGUUUCAAAAACAUCACUGAAUGGGACGAUGAUAAAAUUCAAGCUGCAGAUAAUUUCUUUCACCUGGGCCUAGAUUCACUGCAAGCUAUCACCGCCGCUCGGGCUUUGAAACGAGGCUUUGACCUACCGUCUUUUACCACGAAUCUCAUUUAUCUACAUCCUUCACUUUCUGGUCUGACAAAAGCCACACUGCAGCUCAUGCAGGAUGAUCAGACCUCUCAAGCAGCUAUCAAAGAUGCUCAGUUACAAGAAAGGAACAACCUCUUGAAGGAAUUCCAGGAUCAGAUGAACGGCCCUCGCGUCAAUGCCACUUCUCAUGCAACUUCUCACACGGUCCUUUUAACUGGAUCGACAGGUACAUUGGGCGCCUAUAUCCUCGAUGCUCUGCUCAAGCAUCCAUCUGUCGCCCAUGUUCAUUGUCUGAACCGCCGGGUCGACAGUCGCGAGAUCCAGCUUCAGAAGAACAGGUUCUACCACCUGGAUACGAAGCUCCAUCCCUCCCAAGUCACUUUUUGGCAUGUCAAUCUCUCUCAGAAGGGACUGGGACUUUCGUCAGAUAAUCUCAAUCUUCUUCAACAGUCAGCGACCGUCAUAAUCCAUAAUGCUUGGAAUGUGAAUUUUAACCUAUCACUGCCUUCUUUCACGCCUGACCUGUCCAGCAUCGUUCAUUUAGUCAACUUCGCAGCAUCCUCACCUAAAUCGCCAAAUCUCUUCUUCCUUUCUUCCAUCAGCUCUGUGAUGGGCUAUCGCACAGAAUCCUCCUUGACCCCAGAGGCAAUCAUCAAAACCGAUAGUCCCGGGUUAAAUGGAUAUGCCAACAGCAAGUACAUCGCAGAGCAACUCCUAGAUUAUGCAAGCAAAACGCGCGGGAUUCGUGCCUCUAUUGCCCGAGUUGCACAGGUGGCCGGGGCCGUCCGCAAUCCUGGUCUCUGGAAUAAAGCUGAGUGGUUCCCCAGCCUCGUGAAGAGCUCUCUCCAGAUUGGGGCUGUCCCGGAAAACAUUGGCACGACUCUCGACCGCAUCGACUGGACACCCAUUGACCUCUUAUCCGAAGUCUUAGUUGAUAUUGCUCUGCACGAGAAGGCCCCAGGCCAAGUACACACCUACCACCCCUCAAAUCUACAUCCAAAAUCAUGGACAGAGAUCAUUCAGGUUGUUGCGAAUGAGCUUUCAUUGCUGUCAGGCAAGACGGUGGAAGGUAUCCCAUUGCAAGAAUGGGUGCGGCGCGUGCGGCAAGAUAUCGAGACCGCCGGUGGAAGCCAGAAUAGUGUUGGAGAUAGGGAGCUGCAGCAACUAUUGGAUAGAAAUCCUGCGGCUAAGUUGCUCGAGUUCUUUGAUGGGCUGGGAACGGCGCCACCGGAUAAUAUUCUGGAUACUCAAAAUGCAGCUAAGGAGAGUGAGAAGUUGCGGACUAUUCAGGGCAUCAAGGAGGAGUGGGUUCGUAAGUGGAUUGGAGAGUGGAUGUAA